CUUGGAAGUUUGUUCGCAGCAGCCCCAAACAAAAAGAACUUUGCAAACCCCUCUCCCUCUCCCAAUCUCAAUCUCAAUCUCAAAUCCCUAAUCCCUACUACACAAAGCUUCAUCAUCUCCUCCAUCAGUCGACGAUCGAGGAGCAGCAACGGGCGACAGUCGACGGCGAGCUGCGAGCGACGAUCUAAUUCUUAUCAUUGAUUUGGAGUUUUUUUUUUGUGUGCAAAAGAAGAUGGCGGACGGGAUGCCAGCCGACCCAACCCGAACUGCGAGCACCCUCCACACCCAAAAAUGAACACCACCAUGUACAAAAAGGAAGGAAAGUUCCUAGCGCUCUGUAUCUCUUGUCUUCUACACAAAAUGGGUCGUGUAGUGAUUUCACUCGUUCCGUACCUUCAAAUAUCGAUCAAAACCCUGAAAGAAGAUUGAUGAUCUGACAUCGAAACUUCCAUUAUCUCAAUCACAAUCAGUGGAUUCUUGUAAACAGCUAGAAAAAUACUUGGCUCUUUGCCAAUGGAGAAAGGAAAAGCUUCUAGCCUAUUUGUUAAUGAUGGUUCAUUCAUGGAGAAAUUCAAACAGCUCGAACAAGAGAAGGGUCCUGCAUUAGGGGAGUCUAAACCGGGCCAAACUGUAUCAGGGACUUCAAUUCCUAAGCCUAUCGUUAGUAAAACCAGCUUUGAAUCUAAGGCUAAUGAUUUUCGCAAAACCACCCCAGUUGCUUCAAGUGGCAAACUUGCAUUCAGCUUGAAACAGAAGUCAAAGCUUGUGGCACCCUCUGUUAAGUUAAGUGAAGAUGAGGAUGAAGAAGAAAGUGUUGCUGGAAAUGCAUUGGGUAAUGAGCCAGCAAAACGGCAGAAGUUGGGUCAGCCUGAUGACUCUGAGCAAUCAUCUAAACAAGUUGAUGUUGCACCACCUCCCCCGAGCGACCCUACAGUGAAGAAAGUUGCUGACAAGUUAGCAAGUUUUGUGGCAAAAACUGGAAGGCAGUUUGAGCAUAUUACACGGAAAAAGAAUCCUGGAGAUACUCCUUUUAAGUUUCUAUUUGAUGAAAACUGUGCUGAUUACAAAUAUUAUUAUUACCGGCUUAGUGAAGAGGAAAAGGCUCUGUUACGGGCCAGGGAUUCCCAAACAUCACAAAGUGGUGGCAUAAGCACUGCAGCUCUUAGUCCGACAAGUGGGCCUCAGAGGUCACUUCAGCAGCAUUCGAAUUAUCAAACUCCUGCUUCAGCUUUAUAUGAAGCUAUUGAGGAUACAAGAGCUUCUAUGACAUCAGUUCAAACUACAUCAGCAGGACGAUCUGGUUAUGGUGAAUCUAGUGCCCCAGCUGGUGCAGAUCGUAUAGCAAUGAUGGAGUUUUAUAUGAAGAAGGCUGCACAGGAGGAGAAGAGGAAACAACCUAAACAGUCAAAAGAUGAAAUGCCUCCACCUGCUUCCCUUCAAGCUGCUCCGUCGAAAAAAGGUCAUCACAUGGGUGAUUAUAUCCCACAAGAAGAGCUCGAGAAGUUCUUGGCUACCUGUAAUGAUGCAGCUGCUCGGAAAGCUGCCAGAGAGUCUGCAGAAAGGGCAAAAAUCCAGUCUGACAAUGUUGGUCACAAACUUCUGUCUAAAAUGGGCUGGAAAGAAGGUGAGGGUUUGGGGAGCUCGAAAAGUGGUAUUGCAGAUCCAAUUAUGGCGGGUAAUGUGAAACUCAACAACUUGGGGGUUGGCGCUCACCAGCCCGGAGAGGUGACUCCUGAGGAUGAUAUAUAUGAGCAGUAUAAGAAGCGCAUGAUGCUUGGUUAUCGAUACAGACCAAACCCACUGAACAAUCCUCGGAAAUCAUACUACUGAGGAACUUUCUAAUGCAACAAGCCGCCUGCUGGUUGGGUUGGGGGUGCCUUGAAGAAAUAAUUUCUUUUUUAUUUGUUUGUGGGUCAGUUGAAUUUCUUAUUUCAUUGGAUUCGAUGGAGAACUGAUUUUACUGUGUCAUAACAAAAUCUACUUGAAUGAUCUUUUAUGAGUUUCAAUUGUUAUUGCCAAACUAUUGUCCGUUUAAUUUUUGCUA